AUGUAUCAGUCGUAUGCUGUAGGAUUAGACGAAACACAGGAGUCAAAAAGUGCCUAUCAGACAUAUGCAGUAGGACAAGAUGCCUAUCAAGCCUCUGAAAGUGGGCAUGGUCCCUAUCAGCCGCAUGAACCAGGUUAUGGUCUUUAUCAGCCAGGAUACGGUCCAUAUGAUGAUCAGAUACCCGACCCCAAAUCCCGAAUGCUGGCAAUUCAGAAUGCAAAAGCCUAUUUACUGAAGAGCAGCACAACAUCUGGCCUGAACCUAUAUGAUCAUCUUGCUAAUGUGCUGACAAAGGUCCUGGAUGAACAGCCCACAAACGCAGCAGACAUAAUUGAGAAUAUCAGUAAGGAUGUGAAGUGGGCUCAGUUUCAGAAAAAAAUGGACACUCUUCAAGAUGAACAUGACAUUCUUCCAACAUUUGAAGCUGCAGAAAAGCGUAAAGCUUUGUUCCUCAAGGGAAAUGGCGAAGAUGAAGAACUAGAAGAAGAGAUAGGAGAGACACCUCUACCUAAUGUGAUGGAAAUGGCCUUUUAUUUUGAACAGACUGGAAUUGGCUUGAGCAAAGAUGAAUUCUAUCACAUAUUCCUUGCCCUUAAAAAACUAAUUAGUGGUCAGCCAAUCCAGAGCUGCCGCUUCUGGGGCAAAAUUUUGGGCCUGGAGAUGAAUUAUAUUAUAGCUGAAGUACAGUACCUUGAGGGGGAAGAGGAAACAGAAGAGGAAGAAAUUAGUGAGGAAGGAGGGAAAGAGAUGGGUGAGAUUGAAGCUGAAGAUGAGGAUGAGGAGAAAGAAAAAGAAGAUGAACCACCAAAGUCCACCUAUCAGCCUCCACCUGCCAUCCCCAAAGAACAAAAUGGAACUGGGGCUAAUAAAUACGUCUACUUUGUCUGUAAUGAGCCAGGCAAACCCUGGGUAAAGCUUCCUCCAGUGACACCAGCCCAGAUUGUCUGUGCCAGGAAAAUCAAGAAGUUCUUCACUGGUAGGCUGGAUGCUCCUAUUAUGAGCUUUCCUCCCUUCCCUGGAAAUGAGGCCAACUACCUGCGUGCACAGAUAGCUAGGAUCUCAGCAGGAACCCAUAUCUCUCCCAUUGGAUUUUACCAGUUUUCAGAGGAGGAAACAGAUGAAGAGGAGGAAGGAGAAAGAGCUACAUAUGAAGAAAACCCUGAUUUUCAGCCUCUUUCUGUGGAUGAAAUGGUGGAUUCUCUCUCAACAUGGGUACACCACACACAGAGUAUUCUCAAGCAGGGUCGCUGUGCUUGGUUUAAUCCUUUUCAAAAAUCAGAAGAAGAAGAAGAAGAAGAAGAGGAAGAGGAGGAGAACACAGAGGAGCCAGAUGAAAUACAGCAAGAAAUAGGACCACCUCUUCUCACUCCACUCUCUGAAGAUGAAGGAAUCCAGAACAUCCCUGCUUGGACAGCUCAGCCCUCUACAAACCUGAUCCCGCAACAUGCCGUUGCAGUCCUCCGGUCUAACCGGUGGCCUGGAGCCUACGCCUUCACAUCUGGCAAGAAAUUUGGUAACAUCUACUUUGGCUGGGGACACAAAUACAUCCCAGGCAAUCACAACCCCACCCUGCCUCCGCCAGUGCAAGGAGAAUACCCCAGCGGGCCAGAAACCACUGAGACCAGAGACCCCACUCUGGAAGAGGAACUGGCUUUCAAGGCUGCAAAAGAAGAAGCCUUAGCUGCAGCUGAGGAAGAGGAAGAUGAGGAAGACAUUGAGGAUGAGGAGGAGGAAGAUGAUUAA